AUACGUUUUUUUUUUAAUAUAAUUUAUUUCUAAACGUUUGGAAAGUAUUUAAAUAUGUUAAGAUCUUAUAGUUAGAUUUAUAUUAAAAAUGAAUAAAACUUGUUCAUUGAGACGUCUCUGUAACUUACAUGAUCAUUUAAUUAAGCGACACCGUGUCAUUCGAUACAAAUCAAAUACUGGCAAUGACAUAAAUUCAUUUGUGUUGUAUGAUAAAUUUAUAUGUGAACGUCGUUCUCAGUCAAAAUGCAGCGUCUUGGUGCAGGUUUCUUCAGAAAAUUCAUGUUCUGAUCUACAUUCAUAUUGCUCCAAAUUUGGUUCAAUAAAAAAUAUAUUUCACUAUCAACUGGCUGGUUCAAAUCAUUUUGUGCUUACUGAAUUUGAAGACCAAUCAUCAGUGAAUUCAUUGCUUGACGAAAGUACACAUAUUAAAGAUUCAAACGUAAUUGCUGUUAGAUCACCAUUUCUUUGGUUUCGUUCAAAUGCAAGUAAGAAAAAUUCAAAAUUAUCAAUUACUGAUGAUAAAUUUAAUUUUCCAUUUCAAGCCAAUCAAACAAUGAUAGAGCCAAAUAUUAAAGAUAUUGGACUGGACAAGCUUGAUUCAUUGUCUAAUCAAAUGUUAUUAUUAUUGAAAUGUACACAGCUGAAUGACAUUGGUACCAGAUUGAGGUUUCUAACAGCAAUGCAAAUUGAAAAUGCACUUAAAGGUAUUUUUCCACUGUCAAAAGUAUUACCUUUUGGAUCAUCAGUGAAUAGUUUUGGUAAGAUUGGUUCAGACAUUGACUUAGUUAUAAUGGACAGUCAUUCCAUAGAAAAUGAAACUAGUCGAUUGAUUUAUCAUGGAAAAUGUGUGUCAAAUAGUCGGACACAAACACAAAAGAAUAUUGAAAUACUUGGUGACCUGCUGCAGUUAUUUUUACCAGGUUGUUCAAGAGUGAAACGUAUUUCUCAAGCAAGAGUACCGAUUGUCAAGUAUUCACAAGAUUUUGUUGGUGUUGAAUGUGAUCUAGCAGUCUCUAAUGAAACGGCUGUUAAUAUGUCUGAACUUUUGUACAUUUUUGGUAAUUUUGACUACAGGGUUAGGCCUUUGGUUUUUACCAUAAAAAUGUGGGCCAAAGAGAUCAACUUAACAAAUGAAACACCAGGAAGAUGGAUAACCAAUUUUUCAUUAACGCUUUUGGUGUUAUUUUACUUGCAACAAGAAAAAAUCAUUCCCGAUAUUCAGACACUAGUGAAGCAAGCUACAAACAAUGAUGUUCGAAUCACAAAUGAAGGUAUCAACUGCACUUUCCUUAGAGAUGCAUCAAAACUUCAGAGAGUUGUUGAAAAUAAAAAAACCUUAGACCAACUUUUAUUAGGUUUUUUUGAAUAUUUUGCAUCUUUUGAUUUUCAUACAAAUGCGAUAUCAUUAAAUUUUGGAAAAACAAUCAAUAAGCCGGAAUAUAGUGCUCUAUACAUUGUUAAUCCGCUAGAAGUACAUUUUAAUGUUAGUAAAAAUAUUAGUUCAGAAGAAGUUGAGAGGUUCAGGAUAGAACUAAGAAAUGCUGCAUGGACAAUAGAUUCUUCUUUAAUGAAUACAAACUCAUUCAACUUAUUAAAUCUAUUCAAAGGUUUUGACGUUAACAAAAAGAAUCAAAUUGUUUUUGAUAUUCAACAUCAAAUAAAAAAUUCAAACCGGUUAGUUACUGUCAAAGAUUUAUUUGAUGAUUCACAAACCCAAGAAGACACAAGACUGAAUAAACAGUUAACACCUAGUGAAAGAGAAAUUUGAUGUUGUAAAUAAAAUAAGAAUAUAUUAAUUAUAAUAUUAUAAUGUGACUGUUUUUAUUUUUAGUUCUCAUUGCAUAUCAUGUACAUAAACCCAAUACUAUGUUCUAAGGUAAAAUACAUUAAGUGUAUUAUAGACGUUUAGUGUAUUAUAUGUUCAAUUAAUAAUAACAUUUAAUGUUUUUAUGAUUAUUUAGAUUUUAGAUUUUAAUGAGGAGACACAUAUGAAAAUAUUAUUGGUCAUUUGCAAUAACUUUUCCAAUAACUAGAAUGACAUAAUUUUUAUUUCUUUCAUUAAUUUCUGAUGUUUAUUUUACAAAUAGCAAUUCAUAUAAUAUUAUUGAAGUUCUUAUCUAAGAACUAAAACACAACUAAAAAUAGAUCAAUAUUAGUUUUAUGACCUACUAAAGUAUUACUAAGAAAUUAGAAAUCAGAAGUGAAAAAUCAACAAAACAGUUACCACUAAUUAAUUCAUAAGAAAGUUCAAUACAUUUAUUCCUCUUAUUUGCCCCUUCAAAUAUGUGUCACAUAAAAUUCUAUAAGUAAUUUUAAUAACAGUUACCCCCCUCACUUAUAGAAUUGAUUAUAAAUGCUUAUAUAGUAUUUAUAAUCAAUAUUAAUUACAGUAAUAAUAAAUCAGAAACUAAUUGAUGACAGCAAACAAAAUUUAUAAAAAUUGCACUAGUCUCUCUGUUGUAUAGUAAGUUGAAUUAUUUUUUUCCAAAAAUAUAUAAUUAUAUUUUAUGUAUUUCAGGAGAAAUCUCUCAUCUCUAUUGUUUGUAAAAUAUCAAGUCAAAACUGAAUUAGAAUUUACACAAUACAAAUAACCUCAAUUCUGUCGUAUAGUAAUAAUAGCCAUUAGCUAUGUAGGAUAAUUUGAAAAAUUGUAAAAAUUAAUUUACUUUUAACUAAAUAAAACUUCAUAUUAUGAUACCUGAAAGAAAAUUAUGCACAGUGAAGCUAUUACCAUACUUGAGUAGUUUAUUAUGAUGUACAUAAAGCACCGGAUAGGCAAGGUAUCAAUCCAAGUUUUAAGAAUUCACUACUGCUAAUGUACAGUUUAUUAAUUUAAUUUUCUACUAAAUAUAUUUGUACUAUGAUUUCUCAUAUAAAAUAAAAUUACGGCCAAACCCACAUAUUGAGCGACCCACCAAGAUUUUCUUGGAAGCUCGCCGAACCAAUCACUUAAAUAAAAUCAUUUGAAAAUAAAAUACAACAAAUUAAAGUUUCAUUUAGUUCAUUAUAAUUUUAUCUUUAAAUUUUGGAUACACCAAAAUAGUAAACAAUAUAUUUUUUAAGGCCAGCAUAAAAAUUUAAUAUUAUUUACUAUUAAGUAUUAAUUAUGAAUACAAGUGUAAAGACCAAUUGUCAUUUGCAUUACCUUAAUAAAACAGAAUAUAAAUUAAUUUAACAUUUUUAAGUAUAAUACCAACACAGUCAAAUUGUUAUUAUUUCAUAACAUCAUUAUUUGUUGGAAAAUAAUUACUGAGACAGUGACACAGAUGUUAUAGGUAUUUUUUCAAUAAUAAUUAAUAAUAAUAAUAAUAAUAAUAAUAAUAAUAAAAACGGACAGUCUUUGAACUUAUUGGUACAAAUGUUACAAAUUAC